AUGAAUCAGCUUCAUGAAGUACUCAUCCGUUCGAAGCCUGAAGACGUCAUUGACGAGAUCACCGCUCAGCCGACGCACUUCGGCUGGGUCAUCGGGGGAUCUCUCGUUCCAACGCGGAAUCACGUCAAGGGCGCGGUGACGGCUGCUCACAUAGUAUGUUGCCCUGCGGUUCUCUCAGCGUGCUCAGCACAACUCUCGUCCUCUGCGGAGGCGCUCCAGAGGCUUUGGUCGCUCGACGCCGUGGGAAUAAGCGAGAUACCGUCCGCAUCGCAAUUGUCGGUCGAUGAGGAAAAGGCGCUCAAACAGUUCGAUGCUGGUGUUUCCUACGACGGGGAGCGAUACACCGUGGUCUUUCCGGAACGAUCUACGAUCUCCGAGCUGCCAAAUAACAGAAAUCUCGCCAUGCAACGACUUGAGCGCAAGAUAUGCCAGCUUCGCCGAGACCCGAGGAAGUACGAUCGUUACCACGAGGAAGUCAUGAGGUUUGUGAACGACGGCUUCGCGACCGAAAUCCAUGACUCUGUUCUGAAUCGAUCACCGUCCGUGGAUGGAUCAUACUUCAUGCCACACCACGAGAUCGUAUCGCGUGCCGGUUCUGCGGAGAAAAGGAGAAUCGUCUUCGACUGUUCCGCGAGAGAAAGGGGUGCCACAUCUCUGAACGAGCACCUCUUGCCGGGACCCAACUUGAAUCCAGAUCUAGUCACGCUGCUGUUGAAUUUCCGUCUUCACCGCGUUGCAGUCUCCGCUGACAUUUCGAAGGCUUACAUGAGGAUCGCUGUCAACGCUGCGGAUCAGCCCCUAUUUCGCUUCCUGUGGCAAGCACCAGGAUCGGACGCCGUCAACAUAUACCAAAUGCAGCGAGUCGUGUGGGGCGCUACCUCGUCUGGGUUCCUGCUGGCCGCCACGAUUCGUCACCAUCUGAAGAACAGCGAGGAGAGCGUUCGAGAUCUAGGCGAUCAUCUGUACGCCGAUGACUUUCUCCGCAGUUUCGAGGACAUUGGCCAGGCGACGGCGUUCGCCGACGGCCUCCGAGCUACCUUGCGGGCUGCUGGCAAGAGCCUCGCAAAAUGGAAAUCAAACUCCAUCGAAAUCAAGCGUCAUCUAAUCAGCUCAGGAGUCUCCCCAGAUGAUUUUGACACCGCCCCCGGCAAUCUCCUGAAGGUUCUUGGGAUAUGCUGGGAUCCCGAGCAGGACGUGUUUCAUCUCGCCAUGCCGCCAUCCAUCCCCGGUCGCCACACCGAGAAGGUCCUGACCAAACGAAUGGUCUUGAGUGUUGUUGCUUCCAUCUACGAUCCCUUGGGGUGGUUGACACCAUUUACGCUCCGGGGAAAAAGGAUUAUCCAGCGCCUGUGGUCAGCCAACCUGGACUGGAAUCGAGCAGUCCCGACUGACGUCCAUUCAGAUCUGACAACGUGGUUUUCCGAGAUCGAGGCGUUCUCGAAACUCGGGAUCCAGCGUCAGUUCGUCAAGCGAGAGGUGUUGCCGGUGUCCCAUCAUCUUCACGUUUUCGGGGAUGCGUCUGUAUCGGCCUACGCGGCCGCAGCAUACCUCGAGGCGCGCUUCGCCGACGGAUCGUCGAGCUUCGCCUUGAUCAUGAGCAAAUCCCGGCUCGCGCCACGCGAUUCCCCAUCCCUGCCGCGGCUCGAGCUAUUGGCCGCUCUCAUCGCGGUGAGACUCGCGAGAUUCCUCACCGAGCGGAUGAACGUACGCUUCGACCGCGUCCUGUACUACACAGACUCGUUGAUAAUAUAUCAUUGGGUCACCGCCGCGCGCCCGGGGCAAUGGAAAACGUUCGUCGGCAACCGGGUCGCCGAGAUCCAGACAAACUCGCGCAAAGAGGACUGGUUCCAUGUUCAAGGGACCGGCAACAUCUCGGACCUUGCGACUCGGGGCAUCUCCGCCGAGUCACUAGUCAACAGUUCUGGCUGGUGGUUCGGUCCGGACUGGCUCCGAUCUCCGCAAGACGAGCGUCCAAUCUCCCAGCCACUGACGAACAGUUCUUCGUUAGAGGUGGUACGGCAGGAGAUCCGGAACGUCAUGUCGCCUGUGGUCCUCACGCAACCGCUGAUCGAUCUCGAACGGUACGCUUCUUCUUCGCGCGCCGUGCGGAUCAUCGCCAAUGUGAUUCGAUUCACCAUUCUGGUACGUCGGCAGCCCCUGCCGCCGACGGUGGUGAUACACCGGAAGGCUGAAAUCGCGAUCAUAAAGGCAUGUCAACAACAGCACUUCCAGGCGGAGAUGGGUGCAACUCGAGCACAGGAGCGAGUCUCGCCUGCGUCCAAGCUGGCCGCCUUCAGUCUCUUCCUCGACGAGAAUGGAGUCCUCCGGGCCAGAACCCGUUUGACGGAGGGUCCGUUUUUCACAUUUGACGAGAAAAACCCGAUCGUAAUUCCGGGUGAGUCCCGACUUGCGAAGCUUCUCGUCGUGGACGCGCACCGAGUCAAUGCGCAUUUCGGCGUAAAUGCGGUCCUCACUCAACUUCGCCGGCGUUAUUGGAUAACGCGCGGUCGGCAGAUCAUCAAGGCGAUACUACGCCGAUGCGUGACCUGCAGGCGGAAGCACGGCGUGCCCGCUCAUCAGGUCGAGGCUCCCCUGCCGGAGUCAAGAUCCGACUUCCGAGUCCCCUUCCAGAUUACCGGUCUGGACCUUUGCGGACAUUUCUAUGUGAAACAUCAACAGACUUCUAUCAAGACUUACGUGGCACUGUUCACGUGCACAGCUACGCGUGCUAUUCAUCUCGAACUGGUGCCAUCGCAAAGCACCCCGCAAACUCAUCUGGCCAUUAGACGCUUCCUCGCGACACAUCCAGGCUGCGUACGCUUUAUCUCCGAUAACGGUCGGAGCUUUGUUAAGGCGGCGACGGACAUCAAGCGCCUGUUCAACUCGAUGAACUCGAGGAAGGUUGUCGACGUGCUCGAAGGCCGGUCCAUCGACUGGAGCUUCAACUGUCCCCAGGCUCCUUGGAGAGGAGGGUUUUUCGAACGAAUGGUUGGAGUAGUGAAGACCGCUCUCUUCAAAACGCUAAGCAGGAGUCUCAUCGGCUACGAGGAAUUCCGCACAAUACUUUGUGAACUCGCUGCGAUAAUCAAUGACCGACCGAUUACUGUUCUCGACUUACUCUCAGAUUCCCGACGAGAAUUUUGUAAUCGACCCCCGUCCCGGAAUCCAUUUGAACGGUCCAACCAAUUGUGUGAUAAUCGCCUCCGAGUUCUCCGUGCUCAAGAUCACACAGUGACCCAACGCGUUCAGCUAUCAAUCCUCGAUCUCACCCAGAUUCCCCAUCCCUUCAACAUGUUCAUCGGUACCGGACUUGACAAGAAAACUUCAGAGGCCCUUGCCCGUCGCAGGGAGCUUAAUCGCGGUCUCCUGAAGCUCUUCUGUGAACACGAGCCCACCGAUGGAGAAAGACAGCUCCUGGACAUCCAAAGGCUCAUUGACGAGCUAGAGUUCUCUGGUGGGAGAACCCACGAAGAAGCCUCCGCCGAAGCCAUUGAGAAAUGGCAGACUUUCAACGCAGAGAUGAGAGAUGUGUAUCUCGAGGAGAAUCUAUACUACUGGCUUGAUCUACCACUAGGAGAUGAGGAGCGCGAGGAGGAGCGUAAUGUGACGCGUCUCCUCAUGCUCAAGCUCCUCAGAACUCGUAGGAACCACCGGAUCGAGGUCGGUGUGCUAAAAGGACUUCUGCAUGACGCGCAGAACUGA